UUAAACCAUUCUCCACCACACAGUACUACUAGUACUUUUGCAAACCAUCAAUCACCAAGGCCAAAUUGCUCCUCCCGUUCAGAGAGCACCAGAAGACGACGGAAGCAAUAUAGGAAAUUUGUCAUGAAGAUAAUUGCUUCGACCUCACUGUUCGUGAUGCUGCAAAUUGUAUGCGGGUCGAGCAAUACACUUCAUCCCCUGAUCUUAAUACCCGGUGCCGGAGGUAACCAGCUAGAAGCCAGGCUUACCGGCGACUACAAACCCACGAGCCUCCUUUGUGACCGUUGGUACCCACUUCACAAGGACCACGAUGGCUGGUUCAGAAUGUGGUUCGAUCCCAGCGUUCUGCUUCCUCCCUUCACUCACUACUUCGCUCAUCGUAUGACGCUUCACUUCGAACCACAUCUUGAUGAUUACUUUAAUGCCCCUGGAGUGCAGACUCGGGUCCCUCAAUUCGGUUCCACCCGCUCGCUUCUUUAUCUCGAUCCUUAUCUCAAGCAUGUUUCGGCAUAUAUGGCUCCGUUGGUGGAUGCGCUUGAAGAGGUUGGAUAUGUGGAGGGUGAAACCCUGUUUGGAGCACCCUAUGAUUUCCGAUACGGUCUUGCUGCCACAGGUCAUUUGUCUCGUGUGGGUUCCAGGUUCUUGGAAGUUCUCAAGUGUUUGAUUGAAAACGCUAGUUCUUCCAACGGCGGAAAACAGGUGAUCCUUGUGUCACACAGCUUAGGAGGACUCUUCGCCAUUCAACUUCUGAAUCGAAACCCACUCUCUUGGCGCCAAAAGUUCAUUAAACACUUUGUGGCUCUUUCUGCGCCUUGGGGUGGUGCUGUGGACGAAAUGCUCACCUUUGCUUCCGGGAAUACUCUAGGAAUACCCCUGGUGGACCCAUUGACGGUAAGAUCAGAACAGAGAAGCUCUGAGAGCAAUCUGUGGCUUUUGCCUAGUCCCAGAUUGUUUGGUGGUAUCAAGCCAUUAGUGAUCACGAAAGAAAGAAACUAUACAGCAUUUGAUAUUGUAGAUUUCCUCAAAGACAUUGGUUUUCCUGAAGGGGUUUAUCCCUAUGAAAAUCGGAUUUUGCCAUUGAUAGAGAACAUUGAAGCACCGGAAGUGCCCGUGACAUGUGUCAUGGGAACGGGUGUGAGAACCCCAGAAAGUUUGUUUUACAGGAACAGUGAUUAUGAUGAACAGCCUGAAGUGUUUUAUGGGGAUGGAGACGGUACCGUGAACAUGGUGAGCCUGUUGGGUCUUCAGUCACUUUGGGAAGACAAGAAAAAUCAAAGCCUCGAAGUGAUCAAAAUUGGAGGUGUGUCUCACGCAGAGAUACUGAAAGAUGAAGCUGCACUUGAUAUAGUGAUAGGCGUGAUAAGUAGACUUAAUUCUAAUGAAACGACUUUUGUUGCGCACGAGCAAACUUUUGUAGAUGCUUAUAGGCGAUGAUACGGAGUAUCCAGUAAGCUCUAUAUAAUGUAAAAGAGCAGAAAGCUUCUUUUGAAGAAACAACUUUGUGUGGUCUUCUCUUUUUCUUGCCGUAAAUCAUAUGUUCUUUGUUGUUGUCCUUA